CAGAAGUUUUGGGAGCCACGGCCUGAGAGAGAGGUCAAGGGUCAGUGCAAAAACCGAGGAGGAGAUGGUGAAGCAGACUAUCCAAAUUUUCGCCAGGGUGAAGCCCACUGUCCGGAAGCAGCAACAAGGGAUUUAUUCCGUAGAUGAAGAUGAAAAAUUAACACCUAGCUUGGAGAUCAUCUUACCUCGUGAUUUGGCAGAUGGAUUUGUGAAUAAUAAGCGAGAAAGCUACAGAUUUAAAUUUCAAAGGAUUUUUGAUCAGGAUGCAAAGCAAGAGACCAUUUUUGAAAACAUUGCCAAACCAGUUGCUGAGAGUGUCCUGGCAGGUUACAAUGGUACCAUCUUUGCAUAUGGACAAACAGGCAGUGGUAAGACAUUCACCAUCACAGGUGGGGCAGAGCGCUACAGUGACAGAGGCAUUAUCCCAAGGACACUGUCAUACAUUUUUGAGCAAUUACAAAAGGACAGCAGCAAAAUAUAUACAACGCACAUUUCCUAUUUGGAAAUCUACAAUGAAUGUGGUUAUGAUCUAUUGGAUCCAAGACAUGAAGCCUCCAGUUUGGAAGAUUUGCCGAAAGUGACAGUAUUGGAGGACCCUGAUCAGAAUAUCCACCUGAAGAACUUGUCUCUUCAUCAGGCAACCACAGAGGAAGAAGCUCUGAAUCUGCUUUUCUUAGGAGACACCAACAGAAUGAUUGCAGAGACUCCUAUGAACCAAGCUUCAACCCGUUCCCACUGCAUUUUCACCAUUCACUUAUCAAGCAAGGAACCAGGAUCUGCAACCGUGCGACAUGCCAAGCUGCAUUUAGUUGACCUGGCUGGUUCAGAGCGAGUUGCGAAGACUGGAGUAGGGGGCCAGCUUCUGACAGAGGCCAAGUAUAUCAACUUGUCACUACAUUACUUAGAACAGGUCAUCAUUGCCCUCUCAGAAAAGCACCGCUCACACAUUCCGUAUCGGAACUCCAUGAUGACCAGUGUCCUGAGAGACAGCCUGGGAGGGAACUGCAUGACGACCAUGAUUGCCACGCUCUCUUUAGAGAAAAGGAAUAUUGACGAAUCUAUAUCUACCUGCAGAUUUGCACAACGAGUGGCACUCAUAAAGAAUGAAGCUGUUCUUAAUGAAGAAAUCGAUCCCAGAUUGAUGAUUAUACGCCUACAAAAGGAAAUCCAGGAACUGAAGGAUGAACUGGCCAUUGUCACUGGGGAGCAGAGGACAGAGGAACUCACAGAAGCAGAGUUCCUUCAGCUGGAAAAACGAAUAACAUCCUUUUUGGAAGACCAGGAUCCAGAGAGUAAACUAGAGGUUGGCGCUGAUAUGCGUAAAAUUCAUCACUGUUUCCAUUAUUUAAAGAAACUAUUGAAUGACAAGAAGAUCCAUGGAACAAGCAUAGCCUCCUCUGAAAUCAAAGAUCAGAACAGUCAAGAACCAUUAAAAGAGGAAGAAUAUAAAAAGCUACGAGAUAUUCUACAGCAGAGGGACAAUGAAAUCAAUAUUUUGGUAAAUAUGUUAAAGAAGGAAAAGAAGAAAGCUCAGGAUGCCCUCCACUUCUCCAGCAUGGACAGAAGUGAACUGAGAUGCUCCCAGAGCUCCCCCUUCCCACCUGGGAACCCGGAAGGUCCGAGGAUGUUGCCACCCUCAGCUCCCACUCAGGCCCCAGACUCCAGCACUUCUCAGUACAGAUCCAGUUUGCUCCACGGAAAAACAGGGAUGAGAGAGGAAAUGUCAUUAGGACGCCAGGAGGCUUUUGAAAUUUUCAAGAGGGACCAUGCUGACAGCGUCACCAUCGAAGACAACAAACAGAUUCUGAAGCAGAGAUUUUCCGAAGCAAAGGCCCUGGGAGAAAGUAUAAAUGAAGCAAGAAGUAAAAUUGGUCGCCUGAAGGAAGAAAUCACCCAGCGGCACGUGCAGCAAGUAGCUCUAGGUAUCUCAGAAAACACAGCCGUGCCCUCGACGCCAGACCUGCUGGAAGAGAAGCUGCGAUCCCAACUGGAGGAAGAAAAGAGAAGGUAUAAAGCAAUGUUCACGCACCUGAAGGCGCUGAAAGUGGAGAUUGAGCACUUGCAGCUACUCAUGGACAAAGCCAAGGUGAAGCUGCAGAAAGAGUUUGAAGCCUGGUGGGCAGAGGAGGCCACCAGCCUGCAGGUAAACUCCCCAGCAGUGAAUUCAUUGAAUCACAUGAAACCCUUUCCCCAGACGCCAGAAUCCCAGCACGAAAGGUCCCAGCUUCUCUCUAACAAAAGUUCUGGAGACUGGAAAGUCCCAGAUCAAGGUCCACAGGUUGUCUCUUGCAGUGAUGUGUAUGCCAGGAAAAUCCUGCCCUCGCCUGGCCCCCUCCUGCACAGCCAGGAGCAGAGCAGCCCCAGCACCCUACUGGAGGACAGGAUCCCAGAGAGGCCAGUGUCGUCGGUCCCGCUCACGGGGGACAGCCGGACAGACUCCGACAUCCUGGCGUUCAUCAAGGCCAGACAGAGCAUCCUGCAGAGGACAGGUUUCCAAUAAGCGUCCACCGUGCAUUGUGGCAGCAAGAACGGAGUACAGAUGAAGGCCCUGUCUUCAGCAGUGAUCUGUGGG